GUACUCUAUAAUAAAUUAUCAGCAAACAACAUUAUCUUCGACCACCGCUUUUCUGUUUUUCUCACUUUACUUUGGCAAGUAUGGGAGGAGGAGCAGUUCCAACACCGGCGACCACCGUCUCCAUCGCCGGUAACCAUCACUCCCGACCACCAUAUUCUCCGACGGUUCCACCCUUCUCUUCCAAUUUUCUCACCGAAAACUUCAAUUUCAUCGAUGAAAAAACUGCAAAUGAAUAUCCCUAUGAAACCAACUUUGGACCUGUCCCUUCUAAAAUUGAAGUCCAAAACGCCAUAUCUGAUCUUCGAAGUAGGGUGAUGGAUGUAAUUUGUGCAACAAAUUCAAAAUCUUUGGGACAAAACAGGCUUCUUGAUGCCUACCAUUUGCUACAAACAGAUGCUUCUGUUCAGAAACUUGUGUUAUCGAUAUCAUCAGAUAUAGAGGUGUGGGAUGCUAUCUUGAAGAAUGAUGAAGUUCGGGAUCUUCGACGCUCAUUGCCAUACACAGCUAAUGAAGAAAAGGACAUGGGAUACAAGCAAGAACUCAACUCGACAUCUCUUCUGAUUAAGUGGAUUUUUUCUUUCAUGAAAUUGAAAAUUACAGAAUUAAUCGAUAGAUUAGAGGUUUUCAUCCUUGAAAGAAUACAAAUUGUGACAAGAAAGUCAAAAUCCACAUCAAAAGUUGAUGAUAUAUUGGAAGAAAAAGUUCGAUCUUCACUACUCCUCUCGGUAGUCAUAUUGUUAAUAGUGGUCAUCACAAGGAGCACCGAGACAUGAUCAAAGUUUUAUGAGUUCUCGUUGAAAUGUAGUUUUUGAAGGGUUUUUUUUUUUUUUUUUUUUUUUUUUUUUUUGAAUAAUCUUUACCUUGUAUGUGUUCAAAAAGGGGUUAAAUACAAGAAAUAACAAACACAUUUUCAUAGAUUUGUUAUGAUGGGUUGUCCUGUGACCUGGAAAUAAACUACAAUUUCCACUAAGAAGGAAUAAUACACAAACAAAGAAAAUAUGUGCUAUUACUUUA